AUGGCAAUGAAGAAGAAUCCAAACGAAUACACAAAGAUAGAGAAAGAAGAUCCUAAUGAGAUGAUCCACCGGAGAGCUCAGUUUCUGAUCCACAAGAUUCUCCAACGAGCCGACACAGAGACGUUAAGACAGCAACGGAAGAGAAGUAUGUUGAUCAAAACGUCGUCGUUCAGAGUGGUGGGAAUAAGAAUGAAGAUUGGGAAGAAGCUGAGGAAGCUAAGGAAGAGUUGCGUAAUGGCGAACAAACAUGGUGAUCUUCUGCCAUGUUUCCUUAAAUCACUUAGACGUUAUUUCUUCUGUUCAUCUCCUCGAAACGUCUCUGAUCUUCCUCCUCUAUUUGCUCUUCGUGUUUGA